CCUUUCCCGUUAUCCGGGUUCCUGCCAGCACAGAAGGAGUUAACUCUGCCAAGGCACCCCCCCCAUUCUGGCUCCUAGCUCCCUCCCUCCCUCCCCCUGCUUCCUCUCUCCUCCUCUCUCCCCUUCCCUCUUCGGCUCCACGGCUCCCUCGGCCGCUGCCGUUUCCAACCCCCCCACCCCACUCCCCCGCCACGGCCCCUAGCCCCUGGCCGUUUGGCAAGACCCCCCCCUACCCCGGGGCUCCCCGAAAUCCAGUUCCCCUCCCCCACCCCAGCUCAUGCCCCAGCCCCCGAACUCCGGGGCUGCCAGCCCCCGGUGCCCCCGCCCCUCCUGAGAAUCGGGGUGUGCUCCCCAAGCCCCCUCCCCUCCACUGGGGAGCCCCUUUUAGGGCCCCCUUCCCCUCCCUCCCACGCUCCCCUCCCCUUCCCUUCUCCAACCCCCUCCUUCCCCUCUCACCCCUCCCCCCAUCCUGGCCCCCCCUGCAAAAGUGGGGUGCGGAGGGGGGAGGGGUGAGAACCCACGGAGGGGAGGAACGAAACUCCGAUGAAGUCAGAGCCCCUUACCCGCCGCCGCGGCCAGGCCCCCCAACAUGGACUGUCUCUGUAUAGUGACAACCAAGAAAUACCGCUACCAAGAUGAAGACACGCCCCCUCUGGAGCACAGCCCGGCCCACCUCCCCAACCAGGUAAACGCCCCCGAGCUGGUGCACGUGGCGGAGAGGAACUUGUCCCACCUCGAGGCUGGCCACGGGGUCGUGGGCCACGCCCACCUCUCCCCCUUCAAGGCCAAUUCUCCCCCAGUGAUUGUCAACACAGAUACCCUAGAAGCCCCAGGAUAUGAGUUGCAGGUGAACGGGACCGAGGGGGAGAUGGAAUACGAGGAAAUCACAUUGGAAAGGGGUAACUCAGGUCUGGGCUUCAGCAUCGCAGGUGGCACUGACAACCCACACAUCGGUGACGACCCAUCCAUUUUCAUCACCAAGAUCAUUCCUGGUGGGGCUGCGGCCCAGGAUGGCCGCCUCAGGGUCAACGACAGCAUCCUGUUUGUAAAUGAAGUGGACGUGCGCGAGGUGACCCACUCAGCGGCGGUGGAAGCCCUCAAAGAGGCAGGCUCCAUCGUUCGCCUCUAUGUCAUGCGCCGGAAGCCCCCGGCUGAGAAGGUCAUGGAGAUCAAGCUCAUCAAGGGGCCUAAAGGUCUUGGCUUCAGCAUCGCAGGGGGCGUAGGGAACCAGCACAUCCCAGGAGAUAAUAGCAUCUAUGUAACAAAGAUCAUCGAAGGGGGUGCUGCCCACAAGGAUGGGAGGUUGCAGAUUGGAGACAAGAUCCUGGCGGUCAACAGUGUGGGGCUAGAGGACGUCAUGCAUGAAGAUGCUGUGGCAGCCCUGAAGAACACGUAUGAUGUUGUCUACCUAAAGGUGGCCAAGCCCAGCAAUGCCUACCUGAGUGACAGCUAUGCUCCCCCAGACAUCACAACCUCUUAUUCCCAGCACCUGGACAAUGAGAUCAGUCACAGCAGCUACCUGGGCACCGACUACCCCACAGCCAUGACCCCCACUUCCCCUCGGCGCUACUCUCCAGUGGCCAAGGACCUGCUCGGGGAGGAAGACAUUCCCCGAGAACCGAGGCGAAUUGUGAUCCACCGGGGCUCCACGGGCCUGGGCUUCAACAUCGUGGGUGGCGAGGACGGUGAAGGCAUCUUCAUCUCCUUUAUCCUGGCCGGGGGCCCUGCAGACCUCAGUGGGGAGCUGCGGAAGGGGGACCAGAUCCUGUCGGUCAACGGUGUGGACCUCCGAAAUGCCAGCCAUGAGCAGGCUGCCAUUGCCCUGAAGAAUGCGGGUCAGACGGUCACGAUCAUCGCUCAGUAUAAACCAGAAGAGUACAGCCGAUUCGAGGCCAAGAUCCACGACCUUCGGGAACAGCUCAUGAACAGCAGCCUGGGCUCAGGGACUGCGUCCCUGCGGAGCAACCCCAAAAGGGGUUUCUACAUCAGGGCCCUGUUUGAUUACGACAAGACCAAGGACUGCGGCUUCCUGAGCCAGGCCCUGAGCUUCCGCUUUGGGGACGUGCUGCAUGUCAUCGAUGCUAGUGAUGAGGAGUGGUGGCAGGCACGGCGGGUCCACUCUGACAGUGAGACCGACGACAUUGGGUUCAUCCCCAGCAAACGGCGGGUUGAGCGACGAGAGUGGUCAAGGUUAAAGGCCAAGGACUGGGGCUCCAGCUCUGGAUCGCAGGGUCGAGAAGACUCGGUUCUGAGCUACGAGACAGUGACGCAGAUGGAAGUGCACUAUGCUCGCCCCAUCAUCAUCCUUGGGCCCACCAAGGACCGCGCCAACGAUGAUCUUCUCUCCGAGUUCCCCGACAAGUUUGGAUCCUGUGUUCCCCAUACGACACGGCCCAAGCGGGAGUAUGAGAUAGAUGGCCGGGAUUACCACUUUGUGUCGUCGCGGGAGAAAAUGGAGAAGGACAUUCAGGCGCACAAGUUCAUUGAGGCCGGCCAGUACAACAGCCACCUCUAUGGGACCAGCGUCCAGUCCGUGCGAGAGGUGGCAGAGCAGGGGAAGCACUGCAUCCUCGAUGUCUCGGCCAAUGCCGUGCGGCGGCUGCAGGCGGCCCACCUGCACCCCAUCGCCAUCUUCAUCCGCCCCCGCUCCCUGGAGAAUGUGCUAGAGAUUAACAAGCGGAUCACAGAGGAGCAAGCCCGCAAAGCCUUCGACAGAGCCACCAAGCUGGAGCAGGAGUUCACAGAGUGCUUCUCAGCCAUCGUGGAGGGUGACAGCUUUGAGGAGAUCUACCACAAGGUGAAGCGUGUCAUCGAGGACCUCUCAGGCCCCUACAUCUGGGUUCCAGCCCGAGAGAGACUCUGAUUCCUGCCCUGGCUUGGCCUGGACUCGCCCUGCCUCCAUCACCUGGGCCCUUGGUCUGGACUGAAUUGCCCAAGCCCUUGGCUCCCCCCGGCCUCCCUCCCACCCCUUCUUAUUUAUUUCCUUUCUAACUGGAUCCAGCCUAUUGGAGGGGGGACACUCCUCUGCAUGUAUCCCCGCACCCCAGAACUGGGCUCCUGAACGCCAGGAACCUGGGGUCUGGGGGGGAGCUGGGCUCCUUGUUCCGAGCCCUUGCUCCUUAGGAUCCCCGCCCCCACCUGCCCCCAAUGCACACACAGACCCACCGGGGGCCACCUGCCCUCCCCCAUCCUCUCCCACACACAUUCCAGAAGUCAGGGCCCCCUCGAGGAGCACCCGCUGCAGGGAUGCAGGGCCACAGGCCUCCGCUCUCUCCUAAGGCAGGGCCUGGGGUCACCCCUGCCCUCAUCGUAAUUCCCCAUGUCCCUUGAUUUCUCAUUUAUUUUUUCCACUUUUUUUCUUCUCAAAGGUGGUUUUUUGGGGGGAGAAGCAGGGGACUCCGCAGCGGGCCCCUGCCUUCCACACGCCCCCACCUUUUUUCUUUGCCGGUUUGCAUGAGUGGAAGGUCUAAAUGUGGCUUUUUUUUUUUUUUCCUGGGAAUUUUUUUGGGGAAAAGGGAGGGAUGGGUCUAGGGAGUGGGAAAUGCGGGAGGGAGGGUGGGGGGCAGGGGUCGGGGGUCGGGUGUCCGGGAGCCAGGGAAGACUGGAAAUGCUGCCGCCUUCUGCAAUUUAUUUAUUUUUUUCUUUUGAGAGAGUGAAAGGAAGAGACAGAUACUUGAAA